AUGCUCCAAAAGAAGCUUCGCGACGCGUUCAGGUUUGUGCAAGGUUAUGUUGCGCGUGGCCUGUUGGGAGACCUCAUACGAGUUGUGCGUUGCAAGCAAUGUAGCAGGUGUGGUAUUUGGGGCGCGGUUUCUGCAAAUGGUAGCAAAAAUUGUACAAUUUUGCAGGGAUCAAUUGUUUUGGCUCAUGGAUUUGUUUCUUUGAUGAUAUUAGAAAGUGUUUGA